AUGGGGCUCCACUCUAUCCUUGUCUUCACUGCCCUCCUCGGGGUCUAUGUACACGGAUUCCCCAAACCCGACACCACCCAAGACAAAGCUCUGCAUAAUAGAGAACUAAGUGUAGAAAGACCCCUAGAAGAGCAGAUUGCUGAGGCUGACACAGUGAGCAGAGGUGCAAGCACAGAAACGAAAACUAAAAAUGAUUCCCUUGUGGAUGACUUGAGUUUCUUGAUGUCAGUGGCAGAGAAAGAGAAAAAUGUGAAAAGAAGCGGUGGAGUAAUAAGUACAACUGGUGGCCAGAGGACUGCCACUGAUGACGCAGACUCAACAAAGAGCUUGAAGCCUGUGGAGUAUUUUGACUCCACCAAAAGUGGCCUGGAUUAUAAAGAUGAAGAUGAUCCUGAUGGUCUCCAUCAAUUAGAUGGAACCCCAUUAACUGCAGAAGAUAUUGUUCAGAAGAUCGCAAUGAGAAUUUAUGAAGAAAAUGACCGAGGGGUGUUUGAUAAGAUUGUUUCCAAGCUCCUAAAAUCUGGGUCUGAUUACAGAAAGCCAGGCAUACGCAUUAGAAGAUGAGGUGGCUGUUGUUUUUUACAACAGUUAAUUGCUAAUGAGGCUAAAAAUCGUGAAAAGGGAUCAGAAGAUGUGGAUAAUCCUGCAGUCAGAACAGACGUCAAUACAGAGGAGAAGCAGGAGGGGAAAGUGGAACCACAAGAGAAAGAAGUCUCAGAACAGAGCACCAGUGUAGCUGACAGUGACUGGUCCCCUGCAACUAAUUUGGAAAGGAGAAAUGAAAUGCCAGUGGAAGAAAACUUUGAAGAUUUACAAUAUUUCCCAAACUUCUAUCAACUCAUAAAGAGCCUUAAUUCAGAAAAUGACGCUAAAGAAAAGGAAACAUUAAUAACCAUAAUGAAAACUCUUAUUGACUUUGUGAAAAUGAUGGUAAAAUAUGGAACAAUUACACCAGAAGAAGGAGUCAAUUAUUUGGAAAAUCUAGAUGCCACGAUAGCUGUACAGACAAAGAACAAACUUGGAAAUAAUUCCACAUAUCAGAAAAACAGGCUCUCAACAGCUGACAAAAUAGAUGAAGAGGCCGAUAGCACCAAAGAAGCUGCAGCUAACAUGGAAAAGGAGUAUGAGAAAAUCAAGGAUUCUACAAAACUCGAGGAGCCUAAAGAAUCUGCAGAUGUUAUAAAACCCAAAGGGAAAGGAGAAGCAUAUUUAGAAGCAAUCAGAAAGAAUAUCGAGUGGCUGAAAAAACACAAGCAAGGAAGCAAAGAAGAUUAUGAUCUUUCCAAACUGAGAGACUUCAUUGAUCAGCAAGCAGAUUCGUACGUAGAAAAGGGAAUCCUCGAUCAGGAAGAAGCUAAUGUAAUAAAGCGUAUCUAUAGCAGCCUGUGA